GUGAAUGAACAUAUCGAGUUGCAGUUCAAUUAGCUCCUUUCACAUGGGGAUAAAUCUAUUCUUUUUAUGCUGCAUCAGUUGAUUCUGAAUUUUGAAACUGUCUUUGCAUUGUCAUUGACCAAUCUGUUUUUAUAAACUAAGUCCUUCCAUCUCUACGUCACUACAUGAAUUUCCGACUUUAAUAAAGCUUCCUCUGGAGAAUAGAUUUCAACGAGUUUGGACAGACAUAAAACAGCGUGAGAACAAAUGAGGAGAUCUCGCUGAACCAGAGAAGGAUUCUCUAUUUAGAACCUCUAGGAAGGUUUCUGCACGUAUAGAGUUUCGAGUUUUCGACAUUCGAGGCCGAAGUGUCAGCUCCCGAUCCACACAUGAAUCGAGCCCACGUCUACGUCUUGAUCUUCUGUUGGGUCUUCUUCUUGCACGUCGAGGCGCAAAUCCCACCCCAGGGAGCGGUUAUCUCGCAGGAUGACUCGAAUGUCCAGUCGAGCCUCGGGGUUGUCAUGGCAAUACUCUCCCUGAUGUUCUUGAUUGCUUGCAUCCUCCUUGUCUAUGCCAAGUACUGUCUCUCCAGCAGAUCGGCCAUCCAUAGCGACCCGGAAGCUCUUCUUUGGCUCACGAGGUCGAGAUCGCAGUUAUCAGGCAUCGACAAGACGGCGAUUGAGUCGCUCCCUUUCUUCAGGUUUUCCUCGCUCAGGGGAUCGAAAGAAGGGCUCGAGUGCGCGGUGUGCCUCUCCAAGUUCGAGGACGUCGAGAUCCUCCGGCUGCUGCCUCAGUGCAAGCACGCCUUCCACAUCGAGUGCAUCGACCGCUGGCUCGAGAACCACUCCAGCUGCCCCAUCUGCCGGCUUAGGCUGAGCGUGGAGGACCCGGCGAUCUUCACCUACUCAAGCAGCAUGAGGCUUCGGAACCAAUCCAGCCGACACGAUGACUCGAAUCCGGAGCUUCUCUUCGUCCAAAGGGAGGAGGGUAAUCGCGGGUCCUCCAGGUUCGGCAUCGGGAGAAGCUUAAGGAGGAUGUUCAAGGCCGACAGGGAAGACGAGGUCUCAAUCCGGGAUGCGGCCAGAAACGCCGAUCAGGACCCGAGAGGCGACCUGCACAAGUUCAAUCACAGGAUCCUGGUGCCUGACGGGUUCUUCAAGAACAGGUGGAGCAAUGUGAGCUCUUCGGACCUGAUGUUCCUGAAUUCAGAAAUGCUGAGCUCCGCGUCAAGCAACAGGUUCUCUUCCCUGGAGGCAAAUCCUGGCCAGUCCAAAACCAGCAGAGCCAACGACGAGGGCCAAAUUGGGAAGAUCAGGGAAGAGAUGGAGCUGAAGAGACUGUUUGAGAGCAAGCCCGGCCCGAAGAGCUUGACUAGCCCGGUCCUGAUGGCGGGCCUCCCUCCUCCGAUGGCGACGGGCAGGUCGAAGUAUCUGCUGCCAGACGAGAAGAGGUCGAUGUCCGAGAUCACGGGGGUGUCGAGGCUCGGAGAAUUGAACAGGAAGAGCAGGUAUACCCAAGAGGCUUCCUCACAAGAAAAUGGUGGGGGGUCGUCAAGGGAGGAGAGGAUGAGAAGGCUGUGGCUGCCAAUUGCCAGAAGAACAGCUCAAUGGUUUGCUAACAGAGAGAGAAGAUCUCAAGACUCUUGAGAAUCAGAACCUAAGGCUAAAACCAGAAGAUGUAUAGGCUCUUUUGCUGUCUUUUUUUUUGGGAAAUUGUAGAUAUGACUUCUGCAUUAUUGUUGAUUUUCUGUUUCUUUUUCUUACCCUUUUUUUUUUCCUUUUUUGGGACACAAUUCAUGAAUAUCUCAGAGAACGGAGUAGGAACAUAGAAUUGGCAUGAUAAAGAGCACGCUGUCAAUCCCUACUUUUGGCUCUGGGCUUCUCUUAAAAUAUCCUUUGUUGUUCCUCUUUUGCAGUUAUACACAGAAAGUAAG